AUGGCGUUUGACGUGAUGUCGAGUUGGAGCUUCGUCCAGGCGUCCUCGAGCAGCGCCUGGCGGCUGGUUCUCUCCCGAGGUGAGCUUCCAUGGUGGAAGUCGACAGCGGGUGGUAGAUCUGGUGAUAGCUUCCUUAAUAAGCUCGAAUCUUUCCUUGAUCUGGAGGAUCUCCGUCGCCUUGUUCCAUUUGUUCGUCGCUGUCGUGGAGAUGGGGACAGAAAGUGGAAGAGGUGGAGCGCAAGUUUGUUUCGAUUGGGUUUGUGCAUAUUCUCAUCAGUGCUUGGAGUGGAGCUACGGCGCCCACUGGAGCUGCCGGUCUCCGACGCCUCCCAGGUGACCUUUCUGGCCGAAGGGCGGCCUGGUGAAGCCAUGCUGGCUUCGUUUCUUCCUCCUGGCUUGAUGCCAUUUGAGAGGCAGCUGUUCAACUUCAACAUGGAGUCCUCUUCUUCCAUCUUUGUCCAGAGAUGGAGUAAUGGCGGUCCGGUGAUCCCAAGUGGCCACGUCCCCGGUGAUGGCCGGACUGGAUCUACGCUGGAGUUGAGUAUUGGACCCGAUUGUAAUCUUAAUCAUCAGGACGGGGUCCUCCUUGUUAGUUUCAGGGACUAUGAUGUAAUUUCCUUUUCUUUUGAGUCCUGGUAUGAGCUCUGUACUGCAGCCGCUGAUAGUUAA